AUGCGAAUUAGCCUCGGGCUCGCAGGAGCUGUCUCUGUCGCGGGUCAUGAUAUUAUUUCACUAGUUGGUUCUAGUGCUAGAAUCCCCUCUCCAAAGAGUGGAAGUCGAAUUGAUUGGACAUGGAAGCCACUGGAUUUUCAUGGAUGGGGCUGGGACUGUGCCGAAAGAACAGCAGAAGCAAGUAAUGCGUGCCAACGCUGGUCCUGGGAUCUCCUGAGUCAAGAAGCUCUGAGUAAUGAAAACUCAAUUUUCCCACUUGAAAAUGUCGAAGAGACUUCCUCCGGUUUAUUUAUCAGUGAUUUGGGAAUGUCCGACAAUCGACGCUACUUUGCGCGGGAUGCCAAAUCUGGAGAACUGCUAAAAAGCUACGAUCUAAAAGUUGGAAAGCUCCCGAGUUUCCCGACGGAUUUACAGUGUGUGACCCUGGCCGAGAAUCUAAAAAUGACAUGCGAGUGGGACAUGGGAUUGCAAAGCUUCCUCCCCUGGGCCAAAUCUGACACGAAAUUGAUGUUCAAAAAAGUUAAGAACAUCACCGGCUGGUCAAAUGCCCAACUCAGCCAAUUAUCCUUCACUGAUGCUGAUGUUCUGUCAGAGUGUCCAAAGUACUGCACGGAAGGAAACAUAGGCUGUUGCGAGUUUCAACUUUCAACGGAAGACAUGAACGACGACGGUGACCUGUCUCAGCGAGUCACAUUUCUGAUGAAAGUCACAACUCAAAACGAAUUCGGCCAGGCAACGAUGAAGAAAGCUAAUUCGGAAAUUAUUUCACAUUCACCAACGAUGAACAUGAAACCACUUUCGCCGAGUAACUUGAGGGCUGCGCCACCAAAUGAUUACGAUGGUUACUCGAUGAUUAUAAAGUGGGAUCAUCAUCCAGGCGCGAUGAACAGAACCAUGUACCAAUACCGAGUCGAAUAUAAAUUGCAAACAGAUCACUCUUGGCAGCAAUCUCGAGAAGUGUACUUGAACGAACUGGAGCUCAAUUCAAUGAUGAUCCCUUAUCACGAUUAUGAGUUCCGCGUCAAGGCCAAGCCAGGCAUGACUGGAAUGUGGUCUGAGCCUUCAGAGACGGUGACAGCCAGAACAGCGGCUACUCAACCGACUGCGAAUUUGAACGCGAAAUAUACUAUUCUUUCGUAUUCAAAUAACAAGGCUAAAAUCAAGUUCUUCUGGCUUCCUUAUCAGCAACAAAAUGCGCCAAAUAAUCGAUUCCGAAUCAGAGUCAAGACUCGCAAAUGCCUUCCUGAUCAGCAAUUCCUACAUGACCGCGUUCUCUACUCAACGAUCCUGAACGACCCGACCGUGACCUCGCAUGAAAUCGAACUCAACGUUCGCAACAUUCCAUGCCUCGAUGUUGAAUUCAUAGUUGAAAAUGACAAAGGAGCGACUGCACCUCAAGUGGAGCCAAUCGAUUUAUUCAGAAUUGACGUGAACGCUCCUGAAAUCGAAAUUGUCACUGGCACAGAUGGGCACAUGAUCAUCUCCCCCGGCGAGUUGCAAGAAUCAAUCUUAUCCGCUAGCAUCAACGUGUGCUACAACAUUCCUGCCAUCGGCGAGACUCCCAUUUGCCACAAACAAGCGCUGUCAGAACAGGAGCUGUCAGCAAAGAAUGGGCUCGUCCCGGCUAAAGCUGUGCUAACGCCUUGUUAUGAUUACAACGUGUAUUUGGAAGGUGUGAUGGCCACGACGAAUGCGACGGUCAGAUCGCUGCCACAAGCAAUUAGAAUGGACGACUACGAUAUGUUUAUUGGAAACAUUCUCAGCGUCCGUGACAUUACUCGAAACGAGCAGACAGGUGUUGCUCUUGCCGUCGAGUUGACUGUAAAUUGGGCUGUCGGAGAUGCUAUUAACUUUGUCUAUGGAAUGCAUCCUGCGAUCUCUUGGCGAAAUAUGGCCGAUGGAAAAGUUCAUCAUAAAAUGGUCGAUCUAGAUAGGAACUUAUUCUACCUAAAUGAAACAGAUGGAAUAAUUGGCGUUUCCGAAACAGCAUUUUGGUUGUCAACAUGUUGCAAUGAGGAUCCGAACUCUUGUUUUGCCCAGACGGAAGAAAAAGUCAUCACGAUAUCAGCCGGAACUCCUGGCGUUGUUCGCGACCUUCAAAUUAUCUGGAGCAAGUUCGAGGAUGCUUAUUUCCUGCACUUCGUUGAGCCCGAGCAGACCAACUCGCCACUUAGAAGCUAUCACGUUUUCUUAAAAUACACGGAUCCGUCUGCUGGACUCAAGGAGGUCGUUAAAUCUGUUCCCGCGAGUAGCCACGAAGUUUCAAUUAAAUUCGAUCAAGUCUGCAAAAGCGUAAUGGAUACGGUUCAUGUUACAGUUCUCGCUUACGGAAGUGAUCUGAAAAAUGGACUGAUUCCUGGUCGACCAAUGUUGAGAACGUAUAAGUGCGCGGAUUUGAUAAUCGAAGGUUUAUCGACGACAAUCAUGGCUUCAGCACUCUUCCUUGCUGUCAUCAUGGUGGCACUUUGCUCAUACGUCGUUUUCAACCGAAAGCAAGUGAAAUUAUACGUACAGCGAACGUUCUGGCCCAAACUCGAAAAGCCUAAGUUCGAUUUCCACCACGAUUCUCGAGACGACUUCCACUACAAAGCAGAAAAGGCAUCGCUUAUUGAAGUCGAAGAGAUCACAGACAUCGCGGUCAACAUUCUUCCCGAAAUACCGAAAACGUUCCCGAAAGCACAAGAUAGUACAAUUGACUCUGGAAUUUCCGGAUCAGAGUACAGCGGCGGCUCUAGCAAGAGUAUGCCAAUUUACAAGCUUUCUGGUGGAAUCGGGGGCUUCCCAGUGUUUGAUUCGUUUAGAAGAGAGUCGAACGCCACUUCUGGAGUUAUGUCUGGUUCUGAUAGUGGUUCUGGUCUUGAGUCUAUCCAUGCUCGUUCGAGUAAUCAUUCUGGCGACUCGCUUCUAUCCAAGGGCCGUCGAGAUUCUGAUGCAUGGAAGAAGCUCUUCCCUCAAUCCCCUGACUUGUCUGACUAUGUCGGUGGAGAAAUUAUGUCGCCUGCUAUAAUGGGCCACUACUCCGUUAUGGACAGCAAAUUUGGCCUCCAAGAGCGCACUUCGAGCCCAGUGCCGGGACAAUACGUAACUGGAUACGUUGAGCAUUCGAAUUUCAAUUUGACAAAUAUGCCCACGGUCUUCUUGGAGAAUUUCAAAAAAAUUCAACAAAUCAGAGAGGCCGAGGUUUUGCCAUUCGAUUAUUUACCCGGUCUGCAGACAUAUGAUCCUUAUCAUCGGACAUCAGCGCUCUUCCCGAAUUACAAAGAAUCCUCCCCAGUUCCGGUGAUUUCCCCACCAGAGCAUCACCUUCCGCCUGGCUACACAAGAGCCAAUAUCUUUGAUUUGCCUAACGAUUCCAAGGACGCGUAUUCCGACUACACGGACUACAAUGAUUACAACAAGAUUCAAUCGUUCAUGCCACCAAAAGACGGAAUUCAAAUUCUCCCACCAGGAUACACAAAAGCAAACAUUUUCGAUCUUCCCGAAGAUCAACCAAAAUCAACGCCGAUUCCUCAAAGACCUCGACAACCAGUGACUCGAAUGAACAUGUCAUUUGAGUCCGACUAUAUUUCUGAUGGAACCAUGCCUCAAAUAAUGGCACAAAACAAAACAACUUGUCCAAUGCCUUCUGCUGAUGGAUAUGUCGGAGAAAGUUUCCUACCAAGUGCUUUUGAAAAGGCACAAAUUCGCGCUCCCCCGCAACCACAGGGCGACUAUAGAGGAAUUCCCCAGAUGAACUUGUCCCCUGACGGCUACACAACAGAAUCCGACAUGGCGAUGAUCUCCUCCAUGAUUCCCAAGCACAUUGCCUCCGCUCAAUUCGUUCCCUCCCAAAUGAUCCACUCCGAUUACACCACCUCCUUAGACCUAAGCAACAUUCACAUACCCCGCGUCAACAGUUCCGCAAAGAGAAAAAAGUCUUUAUCCCCUCCACCCAGUGGCUACGUGUCCAUUGAAGGCGCGGCAAUGCUGCACCGUUUUCAUUAA